CCUGGGGCCCAGGUUCUGCUGCUGGCAGAGGGAAGGUUGGGUUGGCAUGGGCCAGUGUUUGAGGUACCAGAUGCACUGGGAGGACCUGGAAGAGUACCAGGCCCUGACCUUCCUGACCAGAAAUGAAAUUCUGUGCAUUCACGACACUUUCUUGAAGCUCUGCCCUGCAGGCAAGUACUAUAAGGAGGCCACAUUGACCAUGGACCAGGUCAGCUCCCUGCCAGCCCUGAGGGUCAACCCUUUUCGAGACCGCAUCUGCAGGGUGUUCUCACACAACAAUGUGUUCUCCUUCGAAGACGUGCUGGGCAUGGCCUCUGUGUUCAGCGAGCAGGCCUGUCCCAGCCUGAAGAUUGAGUACGCCUUUCGCAUCUAUGAUUUUAAUGAGAAUGGCUUCAUUGAUGAGGAGGACCUGCAGAGGAUUGUGCUGCGACUGCUGAACAGUGACGAUGUGUCUGAGGACCUCCUGAUGGACCUCAUACAACAUGUCCUGAGUGAGUCAGAUCUGGACAAUGACAACAUGCUGUCCUUCUCAGAGUUUGAACAUGCAAUGGCCAAAUCUCCAGAUUUCAUGAACUCCUUUCGGAUCCACUUCUGGGGAUGUUGAAGGCUGCAAACUCCUGACCCAACAGCCUCGAGGGAGACCCCUGGAA